CGCUGCCCUCCAGGCGAAAUUUUAAACGAACAGGCGCAGAUCUGUGCCCCGGGAAAUGUAACCUCCUGCCAGUUCAAUCCCGUCGAAACGAUGUGCCACAAUAAGCUCAACAACGCAAUUUAUCCUCACCCUAACGAGUGCUGGCGGUUUGUGCAGUGCAGCGAUGGGCAGGGUAUCGUAAAAGAUUGUCCUCCAGGGGAGAUUCUACACGGUUCAACAAGAACUUGUCGACCGGGCAAUACAGCAACCUGCCAGUUUCUUGAUGGAGUGUGUCAAGGUCGCCCAGAUGGAUGGGUGAUCGAGCAUCAAAGUCUCUGUGGUCAUUUCAUUCAAUGCCAGCAAGGUGUAGCAUCGGUUCACUCGUGCCCUGGUGGAGAGAUUCUACGCCCUGACGCUCAGUUAUGUGUGCCGGGGAAUCCUACCUCUUGUGUGUUUGAUCCAGUAGAGAAAAUGUGUAUGGGACGGCCAGAUGGACGCGUAUAUCCACAUCCGAACAAUUGUACACAGUACUUGCGCUGUCAAAAUUCGCAACCAACGCUCGAGACUUGUCGUCCUGGAACCAUCUUCCGCGCAACGACACAAUCCUGCGUCGCUGGCAAUGGUGAUACGUGCACGUUCCUUGAUUAUUCGUGUGCAGGACGUCCCGAUGGAGUGAUACCUCAUCCGGAGGGUUGUGCGCUGUUCCUGCUGUGCACAUCGGGCUUUACGGCUGCUUUCCGCUGUCCGGAGGGUGAGAUCUUACAUCCGGAGUUCCUGAUCUGUGCGGCAGGUAAUGCUGAUGACUGCUCGUUGGCUCCGGUCACUACUGAGCCAUCGAUCAUUUCCGUUUGUGAGGGUCGUCCCGAUGGAAACUACACGCAUCCACUGCUGUGUUAUAUGUUUAUUCAUUGUACAAACGGAGCCACAGAGAUUCGUUCCUGUCCAAAGGAUCAGAUCUUUGUUGGUGCUAUUCGAGGUUGUGCGCCGGGCAAUCAAGAAUCGUGCAUUCCGCUGUAAAUAGGGAAAGAAGAACGAGAUUUUUAUUUCAAAACAACAUAACUACAGAUUGGGCAGUAUUUUCGGAAAUAACUUAAUUCUGAAGUUUGGAAAUACAUGAAUAAAAUCUUUCAAAUCGCAAGCAAAACAA